AUGGAGGGAUUCGAGGAAUUUCUUGCACUACGGGGCGUACAACGGACAUUGAUUAACAGGAAUACACCGUUUCGGUAUGCUCAUCACAAUACGAGAUCUCAAAGGCAAGAUACGUUUGAUCUGUCAGAUGAUGGCUCAAGCCUUGGCGAAGGUGAUUUGAUUGAAAAUAUUUCUAAUGAUAACGAAGUUCAAGUUGAUGAUGAUGAUGAUGAUGAUGAUGACUUAGUUGGCGAAUCGCAUUACGAAAGAGAUGAAGCAUGGUUUGAGGAUAGAGUGGGAAUCCGUCUUUUGAACGGAACUGACUACGUACAAGCGGCUCCACCUCGCUUGCGAGAAUCGGUUAUUUUUGGCGUACACUCUGUGGUAUUAGCGGGAAGAGAUGAUUUCCCUAGGCAAUUUAGAUUGGCAAAUGAGCUAGUCGAAGAAUCCAGUGAUGAUAUAAGAGAUGCUUCAUUUGAAGGUGAUCUGGAAGACACUGACUCACUUUACAACCUGGGAGGGGGGAAUUUCAAUACAGUUGUUGAAAGUACCCCCGUUACAGCAUCUUCUAUUAUCAGCGGGUCAGCAAUGUCACAGCUUGGAGAAUUGGAUAGCAAAUUUAAGUUUACUGAGAAGAAGUCAUCAAGUGUCAGAUAUAGAUAUCCUCGUUUGCAAGAUAAAACCAACUUCAUUUACUCACCACCAGUGAAGGAAAUAGAGAAGGAUACCUUCCAAGUCAAUAUUGAACGUAAUCAAAAGCAGUUUUUAUUGCAACAAGCUCCUGCAGAAAAGUUUUAUAAUGGACUAAACUUGACUGCACAAGGGUCAAUCGCUUUGAAUUCAGUGAAAGAUAGUAUGAAAUACAAGAAUAACUUAACCUGCACUUUUUCUCAUGAUGGUGAUUACCUAGUUAUAGCUGUUGAAUCUCGGCUCCAUAUUUAUGAUUUUGAUCCAAUGACAAAUCUACCUAAUAGAACACCACGUUUAAUUUUUGAUACUAAACCUUCAUUUUCUUCAACUACGGACCGAGUUGUUUCUACGUGGCCCUAUUUCCCUCAUGGUAUCAAUUAUAUCAGAAAUUGCCAGUUCCUCGGCAAAACGGUUGUUUGUGCUUGCAUCGAUGAUGGCCGUUUGCUAAUAUGGUUUGUUGAAAGAUUUGUUGAACAAAUGAACCAAUUUGAAUCGCCAAUCGAGCAGGAGAGUUUUAGAAAUUUGACAAUAUCUCCCGAUUUUAAAGUUAGAUUGAGUGCAUCCUUAUGGGGUCUUGAUAUAAAGGAGAAUAUCAUUAUUGCAUCGGAUAACUCCCAAUGUGUUGUUUUGCUAUUCUACCACGAACACGACGGAAGAUUUUAUCACGUAAAAACGCAUCAAAUACUACACAAUAUACCAAGCGUGUCCAUAAUAAAGCAUACCAGAAAAACUGUCCAUGUUGCAUGUGCUUCUAUUUCAGGGGAGCUAGUUAUUUUUGAAUUUAAACUAAGACUUGUUGCCGGACCUUUGAACAAGUCCGAUUUGGAAUUUUUCCAGCAUAGGACAAUCUACUAUACAGAUCCAAUGAUUGAGUCCUUGGAGUAUGGCAAUGGAGAUGACGAUGGGUAUCGUCGUUGGCAUCAAGAUCUAUACAAUGACGUCGACUUGAUUAGUAAUGGCAAAAACGUUUUCAAAAGAAUUGAAUUCUAUACACCUACAAUAUUAUCUCGAUGUGUUCUCAAUGAGGAUUGCUGGACAAUCCAACCCUUUCAUUCUAAUUGGUUUUUACCUGUGGGUUCAUUGCAAUCGGUCUUUGGUGAUUCCGAAAUUGAUGAAGAAAAAGAGCAUGCGAGAAUUAUAGCAGAAAGUGACGUUUUGAAGUGGAAACAGGAUCGUAAGUCGCAAAAGCAGGUACUAGAUGAAAACGAGAAUGACGGCGAUUUUGAUAAUCAAACAAGUUUAGGCGUAGCUGCCAAAUACCAAUUUUACAAGUCUAAUUCAAUAGAUUUUGAAGGAGCUGAUGAUCCUGUUAUUCGAAUACCAUCUAGUGCUAAAAUGACAAAUGUCAAUGAUGAAUACAAGCGAAUCCAUAAGGAUAUUGUACUUCGUGAAAAGGUCAAAAAUGUUACUGAUGAUUUCAUGAUUGUCACUACCUCAAAAAAAAUUGCAUUGUUUAAGUACCCCACUUUGUACUGUCCCUGUGCAACUAACCCUUUGUUUAACUUGGACUUGUAUCGGAAGGCGGAUAGCUGUCAUUCAAACAGGCUUUCAAUUUCAGUAGUCAUACCAGAACUAUCAUGCUUCAUUGGUGUAUCUCAACAAGGUACAGUCACAAUUAUGCGAUUAUGUACUUCUAGAGGAGUUUAUGGAAUGAGACAAGAGCAUGUGUUUCCCAAUGCAUUCAAGAUGGCACCUACUGAUAAUGGUAAUUAUCGAAGUAUUGUUGGUUUGAGUGUACGAGAAAAAAAGAGCCAAGUGGGAGCAAAUAAUGGUGAUUGUGAAUCUGUGGGUGAGAAAGAUGGCUCAAUAUACUUGCUUUACAUUUUGUAUGAUGAUGGAAGUCUCCUUGGCUACACAUUAAGAGAGUGA